GAACACUGAGAAUUCCGCGAGAGAGUGAAUGUUUGUACACCCUGUCGGUACAUCAGCUAGUGGAAGUGAUUGUCAAUUCGUGUUUAGAACAACUCUGAAUUUGCACGUAACGUUAGUUAUGUUUUUUAAUUGAUAAUAGGACAAACACGUAUUCGGUAGCCAAUGUUCAAAUCGUGUUAAAUGUUAGUGCGACUAAAUACAGACAAAGUUAGCCAGCUAAGCUUAAAAAAGUGUUGCAGAGAACCAUGCCUCUUCUUCAGUUUGUUUUAAGAUUUCAUGACAACAUUUUUGCUGGUUAAGGUCACAAUGUCUGGUUUAGACUUUAACUGCUGAGGUUGGUCUGUGUUUGAUUUUGCUAAUUGACCUGUAGCGAGAAAUGGCAUUUGCGAACUUAUUUUCCAGUCCACCGGGGGAGGUGGAUUUGAACUAUGAAACGUCAGCAUGUCACAAGUAAGUUCAUUAUUUUACGUUGUAGGUACUGAACUCUAUUAGCUCUAAUAUAUAGUUGACAGUGUGGACAAGCCUAAUGCUGCCUUCAAGUGCUUGUCGUAAUGGAUGAUAUCACACAAAGCGGCGUUGGGCGUCAGACAGAUGACCUCUUAGCCAGUGAACCAUAGACAUAAAUGGGCCUAUAUUACAGUGAACCAUGCUUCGGCAUAUUACGUUAAUCUAACUCAAGAAAAUCAUCCGGCAGCAGUUCAGCAAUCAAGUUAACUUAAAUCUAACUUUAUGUUUAUGGAAAGGACUUUGUUCAAUCAUUGCCAUACGCACACAUUUAAUGUACAACACGAUAGUAUUAAACAAAUUCUUAUCAUCUAUUGAUGUCAUAUGCUUUGCCAUUUUUGUAGUGACGUCACGGUGGCAACUCGGGUAUCAGGUUUCCCACUAGAAGUUAUGUUUUUUUUUUUUUUUUAACCAUUCAUGAUCUCUCCGAUAGCAUCUGAAGGCCCCAUAAGUCCUUCACUUUUCUCUUACAUGCAUAAUACCAGCGGAUGAUCUAGUGACGUUUUGAGGGCUUCAUUUUGUUGCCAUGUCACUGUUUGAACACACGUGUGACGUCAGACAAACGCGUUUUAAUUUCCUUCACUGUGAAUAAAUCCAAAUAUUACCUUUGUUUCACUGGUUUAGGGCGGAUCAGCUGUAUCAGAAGCCGAAGAGGCCAUACCAAAACCCCAGGAAUGGAAACCCUGAGAAAAGGAAGAAAAAGAACGAUGGUUCAAGUGGUGAUGCAAGGAAGGGGUAUGAUUCCCAAACAGAUGGACCAUUUCACACAGACCCAUUUAGAUAUAUAGAGGACCGGGCAGAUGCCCAUCAAAAGCUGAGCCGUCCUUUAACUUGGCAAAGCCGAUUGGGUCCUAGUUCUGAUGGUCACCUGAGGAGUGGACAAAUGAGGGAGUGUGAAAGGGUCAACAAGAGAGAACACUUUGCCAAAAACAAUACGCACAGAGCAAACAUAAAAUACGUCCAUAAGCGACAGGGCCAAGAUACCAACAGGGGUAAAGGAUGUGUUCUUGAGGACAAAAGAAGAACAAAUAGUCGAAGAGGUGCUUUCAACCAGAGACAUGAAGCUGGGUCAAAAAGAGGACGAGACAAGUGGCAAACGCAGAGACACAUGCCCAAACAGGAAGAGAGAAAGCCCUUCAUGACUGAAGAGUUCAAAGAGCUGAACUCCAUAGCAGUGAACGGGCGCCUGAUUUGCAAGCACUUUCUCUGGGAAAGGUGUCUUAAAGGUGACGAGUGCCAGUUCGAGCAUUCCCGUGACCUUGGAAGUUUCAAGUUGAACGAAGUGUGUAAAUUUUAUGUUCAGGGCUUCUGCUUGAAAGGAGACCAUUGUCUCUACAUGCACAGAACUUUUCCCUGCAAGUUCUUCCACACAGGCAAUACGUGCUACCAUGACAACAACUGCAAGUUCUCUCAUGAUCCACUUACUGACCUUACCAAACGACUACUGGACAAGUAUCUUGAAGAACAGAAGGUGGAUACUGGAACUUUGGAAUCUGAAACGCAGGAACUGGAACCUGAACCUGCUGUAGACUUCCUGACUAAUCCCGUAAAGUUGAGUUUUUACAGCACUGCUCCGGUCCCUGAACCCCAGCCCCCGCGUCCCUUCGGCUUCGGAGCGAACGAUGCUGAGUUCUCCUCAGAGCACCCCAGCUCUACCCUUCAGCCUACGCCCUCUCCAGUCCACACAGACACAGCAGCGUCCACUGGAGCGGACCCAACACCCGACGCCCACACACCCCAUACUGCCACACCACCAACCACCUUACCAUCGCAGACUGACCCUGUGAAGUGGGUAAUACACACACACACACACACACACGAACAUCAUACAAGCAACUUUAACUUUGAGGUGUUAUUUCCAACAGGAGAACACUAUUAUUGCUAUUAUUAAGGGGUAUUUGCAAGCUGUGUGCACAUGCUCUGCCUCCACUGUGUCUACACAAACAGUUGUGCUAUUUCUGGUGUGUAGCAGUGUCUUUAUGAGUGGCUCUAUGACUU